AUGGAUCAACAGUUUUUGGCCCAACUUGAGCAGACUUUGAGUGCCAUUGUGCAACCAAACUCUGCCGGUCUUAAAGAUGCUACCAAGACUUUACAAAAUCAUUUUUACAAAGAGCCCCAGACUGUUUCUGCCUUGAUCCACAUUUUGCAGAACAGCUCUGACGAUGCGUUGAAGCAAUUGGCAGGUGUUGAGGCGAGGAAACUUAUUCCAAAAUGUUGGAAAGCGCUUGAUGUCCAAACGAAGGCAUCCAUAAAGACAUCCCUACUCCAGACUGCCUUCACAGAAUCAAAGGAGAUUAUUCGUCAUGCCAACGCUCGUGUGAUUGCUGCUAUUGCUGCCGAGGAAUUGGAGUCCAACGAAUGGCCGGAUUUGAUUCCAAGUUUGAUGCAAGCUGCUGCCAGUGGUGAUGCUCAGGCCAGGCAGACAGCCAUUUUCAUCUUGCUAUCUCAGCUUGAGGAUUACAACACAGCUCUAACUGUGUACAUCGAUGACUUUUUGAACCUGUUUAGCCAAACCAUCAAUGACACUACAUCUCUAGAGAUAAGGUCGUUGUCUGCACAGGCUUUGAAUCACGUGUCUUCUUUGAUUGAGGAGCAAGAAACCAUCAACCCUGUUCAUGCAACUAAAUUCACAGCUUUGAUCCCAUCUAUUGUCUCCGUUUUGGAUGCAGCAAUCAAGGCCGAAGAUGUCGUUAACGCUAAGUUGAUCUUCAACUGUUUGAACGACUUCCUAUUAUUGGACUCCCAAUUGACUGGUAAUACAAUUGCAGACUUGAUUAAAUUGGCCCUACAAAUUGCUGUAAACCACUCUAUUGAUGAGGAUGUCAGAGUUUUCAGUAUUCAAUUUAUCACAUCUGCCUUGUCUUAUAGGAAAUCCAAGAUCCUACAAGCUAAGCUAGGUCCAGAAAUUACCGUUGCCGCACUAAAAGUUGCAGCUGAAGAAAUUGACGUUGAAGAAGAAUUGAACAAUGAGGACGAAACUGGUGAAAACGAAGAAAAUACCCCAUCUCUAACUGCUAUCAGGCUAUUGGCGUUCGCAUCUACAGAACUACCACCUUCUCAUGUCGCCGCCAUCAUUGUUGAACACCUACCAGCUAUGUUACAAUCUUCCAACUCUUUCGAAAGAAGAGGUAUACUUAUGGCUAUAUCUGUUACUGUUACUGGUUCCCCAGACUAUAUCCUAUCUCAAUUUGAUAAAAUUAUUCCAGCCACUAUUACUGGUCUAAAGGAUUCUGAGCCAAUUGUAAAACUAGCUGCUUUGAAAUGUGUUCACCAAAUGACCGUUGAACUACAGGAUGAGGUGGCCAAGUUCCAUGCUGACUACCUACCACUAAUCAUUGAUAUUAUUGACUCUGCAAAGUUUGUUGUCAUUUACCACUACGCCACUGUUGCACUUGAUGGUUUGCUGGAAUUCAUCGCCUACGACGCGAUCGCAAAGUACCUUGACCCAUUGAUGAACAAGUUGUUCCAUAUGUUGGAUACGAGCGACUCCUCCAAAUUGAAGUGUGCUGUUGUCUCCGCUAUUGGCUCUGCAGCUUUUGCUUCCGGUGCUGCCUUUAUUCCAUACUUUAAGACAAGUGUACAAUACUUGGAACAAUUCAUCCAAAACUGUUCUCAAAUUGAAGGUAUGAGUGACGAUGACAUUGAAUUGAGAGCCAUGACCUUUGAAAAUAUAUCUACAAUGGCAAGAGCUGUCCGGUCUGAGACAUUUGCCGAGUUUGCUGAGCCAUUGGUUAACUCUGCGUAUGAAGCUAUCAAAACUGAUUCAGCCAGAUUGAGAGAAUCCGGGUAUGCUUUUAUUGCCAACCUGGCAAAGGUAUACGGCGAAAACUUUGGGCCAUUCUUGGCAACUGUUCUACCCGAAAUUUUCAAGACUUUGGAAUUGGACGAGUACCAGUUUAACUUUGACGGCGAUGCUGAUGACCUAAAUGCUUUGGCUGAAGGUACCACUGACGAAGAGUUGCAAAACAAGUUCACCGUGAACACCGGUAUCUCUUACGAAAAGGAAGUUGCUGCAGCUGCCCUAUCUGAAUUGGCCAUUGGGACCAAGGAAUACUUUUUGCCAUACGUUGAACAAUCAUUGAAAGUAUUGAAUCAACAAGUUGAAGAAUCGUACGGUUUAAGGGAAACUGCGUUGAACACUAUCUGGAACGUUGUUAAAGCUGUUCUACUAGCUUCCAAAUUUGUCCCAGAAAACUAUCCAAAGGGCAUUCCAACGGGAUCUUACGUUGAUGAAAAUGUUUUGCUGGUUAUCAAAAAUGCAAGAGAGGUUUGUAUGAGCAGUUUGGCCGACGAAUUUGAAACCACUAUGGUUAUUACUAUUUUUGAAGAUUUUGCCAGCAUGAUGAAGAAGUUUGGUAGCAUCAUUAUUACGGAUAACGGCGACACAUCUUCGCUAGAAACGUUGUGCGUUCAGGUCUUGAGCGUUCUUAAAGGUGAACAUUCUUGUCAAACCAUUGAUUUGGAGGAGGAUGUUCCAAAGGAUGAGGACAUGGACGCCUCUGAAACUGAAGUAACUUUGCAAGAUGUUGCUUUGGAGGUUUUGGUUAGCUUGUCUCAUGCUCUAGGCGGAGACUUCGCCAAAAUCUUUGAAAAUAUGAAGCCAACUGUUUUGAGUCUAUUCCACUCUAAAUCAAAGAACAAGAGAUCUUCUGCCAUCGGUGCCAUUUCUGAAAUUGCACUAGGUAUGAAGGAACAAAAUCCAUUUGUUCAAGAAAUGCUGGAAGCUUUAGUCAUCGCGUUGACUUCUGACAAGUCUCUAGAAGUGAGAGGGAAUGCGGCAUACGGUGUUGGUUUGUUGUGUGAAUAUGCCCAAUUUGACGUCUCUUCCAUCUACGACCCAAUAUUGAAGGCGUUGUAUCAAAUUUUGAACACCGCUGAUCAAAAGGGUCUUACCGCUGAAGACGACGAAGCUACUAGAGAAAUCAUUGACAGAGCUUACUCCAAUGUGUGCGGUUGUGUUGCCAGAAUGGCCUUGAAGCACGAAAACUUGAUCCCGUUGGCCCAGACUGUUCCCUCCCUAAUAUCUCACAUGCCAUUCCAAACUGGCUUUGAAGAAUAUACCCCUGUCUUCGAGUUGAUCAUGAAGUUGUACCAAGACAGCAACGAGGUAAUUACCAAGGAAACACCAAAGAUAAUUGAAAUCUUCGCCGCGGUCUUCACCAAGGAGAAGGAGAGAAUUCAACUGGAACAAGAAUCUACUCUAGGUAGAGAAGAAAACAUGGAAAGAUUGAAGCAAUUCCAAACUGAGGACAUGAAACAAAAAGUCAUUGCCUUGUUGAAGUACUUGGAUACGACGUACGGCGGUAUCGUUGCUCAAAACGCAGUUUUGGCACCUGUCAUUGCAUAA